AUGGAGUAUAUGGAAAAACUUUUAAAUGAAGAAAAUGAUUGGGAUGGGGUUAUUGAGGCAAAUAUAAAUGUAGCAAAAGUUGAGUAUAUAAAGAAAGGAGAAGUUGAGUGGGCGCUAAGAAAAAUAAAGACUGGCAAGGCUGUGGGUAACUGUAAAGUGGCAACAGAAAUGUUGAAGGCAACAGGUGAUUGGGGAAUUGAGAGGCUGGCUGAUUUGCUCAAUAUAGUAAUCAGGAAAAAAGAAAUUUCAAAAGAUAUAGCAAUCAGGAUAAAAGAUAUCCCAGAAGAUUGGGAGAAAAGUAUAAUCCUUCCAAUUUCAAAAGGAGACCUCAACAAAAGCAAGGAAUUUGUUUGUAAACGAUGUAGGUUAAACGAUGCUACUAAGCAAAAAGGUGAUACUAGGCACCUGGGGAAUCUGGAAAAUUUGGGAUUUGAAAAAGUGGAGUCCAUGUAA